GAAGUCCUGAGAGGAGGAGGAGAAGGAGAGAGGUUCUUUCCCUUCCCCUCGGCUACACUCAGGAGUUUGACUGAACAGAUGGUGAUGAGUGAGGCUUCGCUUAAUGAGCGGAAAUAUGAAGAAGUCGCUACUUUGGAAAACGAAUGAUCGCCGAGCACUUUAAGUUUGAAGGCGUUGAGUCCGGAGCUUGGUGUCCGCCAUGGCGAAGCAGUACGACGUGCUGUUCAGACUGCUGCUGUUAGGAGACUCUGGUGUGGGGAAAACCUGUUUACUGCACCGCCUCACCGACACGGAGUUUCUGUCGCCGCACAUUUCCACUAUUGGGGUGGAUUUCAAAAUGAAGACCAUAGAAGUCCGUGGACUCAAAGUGAGAAUACAAAUAUGGGACACAGCUGGACAGGAGAGGUACCAAACUAUUACAAAGCAAUAUUACAGACGAGCACAGGGAAUUUUCCUUAUAUAUGACAUUACCAGCUCUCUUUCUUUCCAACAUAUAAUGAAGUGGGUUAGUGAUGUUGAUGAGUAUGCACCACACACAGUGCAGAAGAUUCUCAUUGGGAAUAAACAUGAUGAGGAGUAUCAAAGACAAGUGACCACAGAACAGGGGAAGAAGCUUGCGAAGAUUUAUGGUAUGGAUUUCUUGGAGACGAGCGCCUUUACCAACUACAACGUCAGUGAGGCAUUCAUUCGGAUGACUGAGCUGGUGCUGGAAGCCAACAGGAAGGACCCGGAUAGCACGCUGCCAUCCAACGACGAUGACCUCAGCACUACUGAAACAAAGCAGGAGCAUGAACGUUCCAUCUGCUCGUGUUAAGGAAGUGUUAAAGCAUUUUUUUUCAGCUGCUAUUGAUGUCAGUAAGACAUUUAUGAAUACCAUUUCAACAAAGCCCUUGUAUUUUUGGAACACUUUCUAAUCUGUCUCAUUACUACGUCUGUGUAAUCUAUGCAUUGUCUCAGUGCUUGAUUCGAGAUGCAAGAAAAUGCACUUCUAGUUGUGUCUCACUAGGGGGCAGUCGUCUAUGAAUCAUUUAUUUGUUUAUCACUGUGGCCAGUUGUUCAGAUAAAAUGCAUCAAAUUGUUGCUGUGUUCUAAUUUUGCCAUUUUAGAGUUCGGCUUGUGACGUAAACAUGGGCAAGCUGAACGUGACGUAGAUUAAGAACUCGUGAUGCAUUUGACCACUGUUCCAGUGAACUGAGUGUCGUCUGGCCAGGCGAAAAGGGCUCCAUCCCACCCGUACUAAUCACGGAAUUAGAUAAUGGGUGUGUGCUGACCUCAUUGUGGUGCUUACCUCUGAUAGAUAUUUGGUUUGGCAUUAAAAUUAUUAAAACUAAUUUAUUUCCACUAUUAUUGUAAAAACUGAAAAGACGCUAUACAUGAUGUCGCAUCAGUACAUCUACUAAAAAACCCUAUUUAUUUUGUAAACAUUUGUACGUGAUCUUGAGCUAUGUAUGCAAUAUUAGUAUUCUCUAAAAUAAAUGUGCAUUAUGAUCAUACACUCUCAGAAAAUAAAGUACAUUAUUAUACCUUUAGGGGUACCAUGGCUUGUCAGUGAGGCAGUACCCUCUUCUAAGGUACUUAUUUGUACGUUUUUAUAUACUCCUUGGGAAUAUUAUAUGUACAGUUAGGUCCAUAAAUAUUUGGACAGCGGCAACAUUUUUCUCAUUUUGGUUCUGUACAUUACCACAAUGAAUUUUGAACAAAACAAUUCAGAUGCAGUUGAAGUUCAGACUUUCAGCUUUAAUUCAGUGGGUUGAACAAAAUGAUUGCAUAAAAAUGUGAGGAACUAAAGCAUUUUUUAAACACAAUCCCUUCAUUUCAGCGGCUCAAAAGUAAUUGGACAAAUUAAAUAAUUGUAAAUAAAAUGUUCAUUUCUAAUACUUGGUUGAAAACCCUUUGUUGGCAAUGACUGCCUGAACUCUUGAACUCAUGGACAUCACCAGACGCUGUGUUUCCUCCUUUUUAAUGCUCUGCCAGGCCUUUACUGCAGCGGUUUUCAGUUGCUGUUUGUUUGUGGGCCUUUCUGUCUGAAGUUUAGUCUUUAACAAGUGAAAUGCAUGCUCAAUUGGGUUGAGAUCAGGUGACUGACUUGGCCAUUCAAGAAUAUUCCACUUCUUUGCUUUAAUAAACUCCAGGGUUGCUUUGGCUUUAUGUUUUGGGUCAUUGUCCAUCUGUAUUAUGAAACACCGACCAAUCAGUUUGGCUGCAUUUGAGCACACAGUAUGUCUCCGAAUACCUCAGAAUUCAUCCGGCUGCUUCUGUCCUGUGUCACAUCAUCAAUAAACACUAGUGACCCAGUGCCACUGGCAGCCAUACAUGCCCAAGCCAUCACACUGCCUCCGCCGUGUUUUACAGAUGAUGUGGUAUGCUUUGGAUCAUGAGCUGUACCACGCCUUCGCCAUACUUUUUCUUUCCAUCAUUCUGGUCGAGGUUGAUCUUGGUUUCAUCUGUCCAAAGAAUGUUCUUCCAGAACUGUGCUGGCUUUUUUAGAUGUUUUUAGCAAAGUCCAAUCUAGCCUUUUUAUUCUUGAGGCUUAUGAGUGGCUUGCACCGUGCAGUGAACCCUCUGUAUUUACUUUCAUGCAGUCUUCUCUUUAUGGUAGAUUUGGAUAUUGAUACACCUCCCUCCUGGAGAGUGUUGUUCACUUGGUUGGCUGCUGUGAAGGGGUUUCUCUUCACCAUGGAAAUUAUUCUGCGAUCAUCCACCACUGUUGUCGUCUGUGGGCAUCCAGGUCUUUUUGCAUUGAUGAGUUCACCAAACUGUAGAUUUUGCCACUCCUAAUAUUGUAGCAAUUUCUCAGAUGGGUUUUUUCUGUUUUCGCAGCUUAAGGAUGGCUUGUUUCAUCUGC